UUCCCUCUAUAUAAUCCCAUUUCAUUGCAUUAUAUGAUUUGCCCAUUACUUCCCCGCUAUUUGGGACUUUGGUGAUAAGAUAGUAAUAUCCACAUGGCAGCAACGUUUACUAGAGGAUCACCUUCAAUCAAUUCCUUAUUUUUCAAGCCGAUAAUGAGGAAAUAUUGCACAAAGGGCACGGAUGCGGUUCGAGAGCCGAUGAAAAUGGAGGCGGAGGAAGUGAAGAAGAGGAGUAGCAUGGAAGGGAGUUGCUGCUGGGUUCCUCAUGACCGAACUGGAAUUUAUUACCCCAAGGGCCAAGAAAAGGUCAUGGCUGAUGUUCCUGCACCUGCUGCCAAAGAUACUGCUGCCAUUCAUUGGUUUUCCUAUGAUUAGAGCUGUUUAUAAGUGGGAUCGGAUUAAGAAUUAUAACUUAAAAUCAAUAUUAAAUAGAAUUUAAAAUAUAAUGUUUUAAUAGUCUGAACCUUAUAUGUUAAUCUAAGUAAACUUGUUGAAGUUUAAUUUUUAUGUUGGUUCUUAGUUUUCUAGUUUGAUUUAAUUCAGUGAAUUCUUAUAUACUCGAUUUUGGUUGUACUUGUAAUUUCAUCAGAAAUUCCAAUAUUGCACAAAA